CGGGGGGGGGUUCGGCUGCUACUCGAGGCCGCGGCUCAGCCUCAGGCCCGGGCCCGGGCUCGGGCUCAGGCAAUGGCGGAGCGCGGAGCUCACCUGACGGCCGCCGUCAGCCCCGAGCGGCCCAGUAUCCUCGAGUUGGCGGCUCAGGACACGCUGUUGGCGGCGGUGCGGCCCGCGGCCCGGCACGUCAGCAAAGCGCUGGCGGAGUCCAAUCCCGGCCGCUACGGAUUGCUGUGGCGGUGGUUUGACGAGAUCUACACGGUGCUGGACCUGCUGCUCCAGCACUACUGCCUGUCCCGGAGCGCCGCCUCCUUCUCCGAGAACUUCUACGGUCUGAAGAGAGUCCCCGCGGGGGUCACGGGACCCUCGGGGCUGGCUUCCCGCGGACUCCCGACCGCCCACCACCUCCGCUCCCUCCUCCUCCUCGUCCUCGUCCCGUACCUGAGGGUCAAGCUGGACAAGCUCUUCGGCAGGCUGAGGGAGGAAGAGGAUUACGCCAUUCGCUUCCCCGCCUCUCACCGCCAGCGCUUGCACAAGGCCUUUCUCGCGGCCUACCCCUACCUGAACAUGGGCUGGGAGGCGUGGUUCCUGGCUCACCAGCUGCUGUACGUGUUCGGGAAGGCACGGCAUCAUUCGCCCCUGCUACGGCUGGCCAGGGUCCACUUGGUGACUCUCUCCCUUGCAGACGUGCUGGAUCUGGAGAAGAGGUCCUCCUCCACCAACGCAUCACAGCCCGGGCACAGUGUGACUGAACAGCUGACCUUCUUCUUUAGCAAAGCAUGCGGACGCCUGGCAUCUUCCCUAUCCACCGGCCUGUCCUUGGGGGUCUUCUUCCUUCAGUUCCUCGAGUGGUGGUACUCAACGGAAAACCAGGAGACUGUGAAGUCGCUGUCCUGCCUCCCAACCCCUCCGCCUCCGGUCCACCUCGACGGACAUCUGGCUCCCGCGGCCUUGCCCGCCUUGAAGAGCCUCUGCCCGCUGUGCCGCAAGCCACGGGCCAACCACACCGCCCUCUCCACCUCGGGCCACGUCUUCUGCUAUAGGUGCAUCUAUGCCUACGUCAAGCGCCAACAAAGGUGUCCGAUGACUGGCUACCCUUCGGAGCUGCAGCACCUCAUUAAACUCUAUUCCCCCGAGGGCUGAGCCCGUGAGGCUCAGAGGAUCAGGCUAUGCUCGAUGGCUUGUGCCUCUCCAGCCCCCCACCCCCACCACCCCACCCCAUCCGCCUUGGCUUGAUUCAGCCAAGUUUGGUUUACAAGCUCUGUUACAUCGAAAGGUAAUACAUUCACUGAGCUGGACUGUGCAACAGUAUACUGUUUAAGUAACCUCUGGUAGUCAAUGGUGGGUUGCAGCCUGGUGCCAGGAUAGGCAAUGGCAGAUCAGCACUUAGACCAAGUGACAGUUGUAGGCUAAAUGCUCUCUCUCUUCCUUCUCACACUCAGUAAUAUAUAUGAUAAUCCUUGCAUUUGACAGAGCACCUUAUCACGCCAAGAGCACAUCUCAAAUUCCCCUCAAAAAACAAGACUGAAAUUCCGCUGCAUUGUGAAAAACAUUGCUCUUUUCUCUAAAGUUAAUGUCACAAGGAUGAUUGUAAUAGCGGGUGACCUGCGAGAGUCACGUGUCUAUUACGCUUACCAUUUUAAUUAAGACACACUCUCGGUGGCACCACUGAGAGCAUCUCAAACUUGUCCAUGGCUGAGGGGUUGGAAAGGGAAUAAAGCGAGUUUGAAUGACCAAAAAAAAAA